AUGGCAAACACACAAACAACCAAUCGCCCCAACGCAUCAGCGCUUACCUCGCACAUCGCAGACAAAGGCCACGAAGCUCCUCACCUCGCAGCAGCAGCGCAAGUCCAACACAAUCUCCAAUACCAGCACCUCUGGACCUCAAUAGUGGGGUACACCAUCUCUGGAGAAGCAGAGAACACAAACACAUCCGGUCAAGACCCCCAAAGACCUCCACAAACCCCAAUCGCCCUGCUCUCCGGCUACCCUCCACACCGCGUGUACACACAUCCAGACGAGCAACUAUACAUGCUUGAAAACGGGAUUCGCGAAGAUGACCUUGAGCCGGAACGCAUGUUCGUGGUACCGCUGGUGCAAGGGCAGUCGUGGACGUUGCGCCAUAUGGCUGCUGUCUUUGAUCGGCUUCGUGAGUUUGAGCUGAAAGUUGAGGAGCAUGAUCGGUCUGUUGAUACAAGGACGAAACAUGAGGAGGAGACUGAUUCUGAUAUGGCGGAGAAGCUGGCGAGGUAUUAUAAGAAAAAGGAGCAGGCUCGUCUGACUGCAGAAUGGGGGUCUCAAAGGCUGUUGAUUGCUAUGGUGGAUAAGGGUAUGGGUGGUGAUGGGACGGUGGCUUAUUAUGUUUUGCAUGAGGGCGAAGUGAAGCCGAGGCAGAAUUAA